UUGUGGAAAACAGGUGGUGACAUAAUGGGUAUAGGAGUGGGUAUGAUGAGAAUUAAACCAGAGGGAGUGCAUUAAGAGAAUGGAGUAGUUUGAGCCCUGCUGCUGUUAACAUAAGGCCUGUCCACUGAGGUCCUCUGUGCUGGGUGACGAUGAGGGACCGUCUGGACGAGCUGCGUCAGAGGGCCCAUGACGGAGCAGAGGAGGGUGACAGCUCCAACCCGUUCUCAGGGGAGCAGCAGGAUGACGAGGACGCAGCGGUGGUCGGGGUCGUCACUCCCGAGGCCGUGGUCUUUGAGGAGGAGCCUGUCAUAGACAAUCUUCUGUCUGACAUCCAGCAGAUCCGAGAUGACAUCACUGCGCUGGACACAGAGGUGGUUAAGUUCAGCCAGCAGCAAAAGACCCUGGUGGCCACUAUGCGUCGUUUCAGCGUGAUGAAGAAGGAGAGCAGCAUCACGAGGGACAUCAAGCUCCAGGCCGAGAGCAUCCACCGGAGACUGGACUCCCUCUCCAAACAGGUGCAGCGGACGAGCGAGCUGGAGGGGCCCGGCUCAGUCACCGCCCGCAUACAGAAGUCCCAGCAUGCAGCACUGUCACGCAAGUUCCACCAGGUCAUGCGUCUGUACAAUGAGAGUUUGCUGAGUAAGCAGGAGCGCUGUAGACACUUUAUUAUGCGUCAGUUGGAGGUCUCUGGGCGCGAUGUGACGGAGGACGAGGUGAAUGAGAUGGUGGCCUCCGGGAAGUGGGAGGUCUUCAAUGAGAACCUCCUCAACGACGCCCGCAUCACUCGCUCCCAGCUCUCUGAGAUCGAGCAGAGGCACAAGGAGCUGCUGAGCCUGGAGAACAACAUGAAAGAGCUGAGAGACCUGUUUAUGGACAUCUACAUGCUUGUGGAGGAACAGGGCGCCUUCAUAGACCACAUCCAGACCAACGUGGAGCGGACUCAGGACUAUGUGGCCGCCACUAAUGAGAAAUUCAAACUGGCCGCGCGAUACAAGAAGAAAAACCCUUUACGCCGACUGUGCUGCUGCUGCUGUCCGCCCUGGAGAUGCUGCUUAUAACACAGUGUACCAUUAGCGCAUAGCAUUUACAGACAAUCUUGGGGGGUGCUCAAGUGAGAGAUGGUGGAGCAGGGCCAGUGGAGCGGAGAAAACAAUUAAGUGUAAAGGCCAGAUUUGGUAUUUGAUGCGCUUGUUGGCUUCAGGAGGAUGUGUAUUGGAGUGGACAUUUUUAGUCAGUGCUGUAACAAGGCUGCUGCUUAAAGAGAGGCCGGCUGUUAGCUGAUACAGGUCACGAGACAACGCCACUGCCUCACGAGCGGAUAGGGUAAUUUAUCACAGAUUUAUUUUGUAUUUUAUAGCACAGUUAUAAAUUCUUUUUAACUGCACUUUAUGACUUAAACCACUUAUGAGGUAUGUGACUAUAAAGAGGGCUGUAUGUGUUGUCAGUUGAGUUUAAAGUGCACUAACUUUUCCAGUGGAGGUUCUGCUGUCGAUUUGUCUCCAUAAGGAUUAUAUUGUUUUGUUUAGAAUGUUCCAUUGUACGGCAUUAUCUUAACUGUCUCCAUGGAUAAACUGGAUAAAAGUAAGAAGUACUUUCCGUGUGGAUCAAUAAAGUUAAUCUAAGUCUAAGGAUAAAGGCAGUAAAUGUUUUUCAAGGUACUGUUUUAGUAAGAAUAAAUGCACUUAAUAAACGCAGCGUAAAUACGAUGAACGUCUGGUGGAACAUUCUUGGCAAGGCUGUUACAUCUCCACGGAGACGAGUCGGCGGAUGACUCUAUAACGGAAAAGUUACAUAAUGCAUUUCCUAGUGAGCCAGAGUGUUGGACAUGCGUGCAGACAUUUUUAAAAAUAUUCCAUCCAGUCCUUGUAUUUGCAGAGGUUGCUAAUGUUAGGCUAGUGCAUGUCAAUGGCCAUAGUUAGCCUGCAACUAAA